CCCAACUCCUCCUCACCUCUCACACGACUGUGCUGCACCGUCCUUACCGCGACUCAUAAUUCGGGCGCCUGCGACUCAUAGUCAUGUUCCAUUGGGCUGUGCGACCAGUGAUGCACGGGGCGCGCAGAAACGUGCCUUUGGUGGCAGCUGCGCGCACUCGUGCAGUGUCCACCUACAACGUCGACCUCGCCGGCCUCACCGACGAGCAACGCGAAUUCAGGGAUGCCGUCCACGCCUUUGCUGAAAAGGAGCUUACGCCACUGGCUGCCGAGAUAGAUCGGACGAACACCGCACCGCGAGACAUAUGGCGGAAGAUGGGCAAAAUGGGAUUGUUGGGGAUUACUGCAGGCGCUGAGUAUGGUGGUAGCGAAGUGGGGUAUAUGAUGCAUGUGCUCGUCAUGGAAGAGCUCUCCCGUGCAUCAGGCAGUGUUGCUCUCUCGUACGGAGCCCACUCCAACCUCUGCGUCAACCAGAUCAACCGACAUGGUACCCCUGCGCAGAAAGAAAAGUAUCUCCCUGAUUUGAUCAGUGGGGCCAAAGUCGGCGCGUUGGCAAUGAGCGAACCCGGUUCGGGGAGCGACGUUGUGAGUAUGAAGCUGAGGGCGGUGAAGAAGGAGGGGAGGUGGGUACUAGAUGGGAACAAGUUUUGGAUCACAAACGGCCCCAUCGCGGACACCGUUGUGGUGUAUGCGAAGACAUCCCCAGAAAAGGGCAGCAAGGGCAUCACAACCUUCAUCGUUGAAAAGGGCUUCAAGGGGUUUUCAACUCAUCAAAAAUUGGACAAGUUUGGGAUGAGAGGUAGCGAUACUUGUGAACUUGUGUUCCAGGGGUGUGAGGUACCAGAAGAGAAUGUGCUUGGGCAGCUGGAUAGAGGCGCAGCAGUGCUCAUGAGUGGCCUGGACCUAGAACGCCUUGUGCUGUCUGGUGGACCGUUAGGCCUGAUGCAAGCCGCGUUCGAUGUGGCGAUAGGUUACGUCCACGAACGCAAACAGUUCGGCCAACCCAUCGGCACUUUCCAGCUCAUGCAGGGCAAGGUCGCAGAUAUGUAUACCAAGCUCUCCGCGGCACGUUCCUACGUGUAUGCCGUGGCGCGUGCAUGCGAUGCGGGCAACAUAAGCAGGCGCGACUGUGCAGGCGCGAUCUUAUAUUCCAGUGAUCGGGCGGUGGAAGUUGCGAUGGAGGCAAUGCAGUGUCUGGGUGGAAAUGGGUACAUCAAUGAUUAUCCUACUGGUCGUUUCCUUCGGGAUGCACGGCUGUACUGUGUUGGUGCGGGAACGCAAGAAAUUCGGCGCAUGCUCAUCGGCAGGGAAUUCAAUAACGACUACGCCAAAUGAGCAUUUCCCCAAGAUCCGAAUCGAGGAUAGGCUACUGUAUUAUUAGCUUCGAAUUGUGUAAGGGCCCAGGCUUCCUUCGGCUCGUCUUCGGUCCGAACAAGCUCUUCCCCGCAUUUUGCUGCUUCACAUGUCUCGACUGCACACUACAAUUUUU